UUGAGAGACCCCACUGAGCCACAGCACACUGGAAUGUUACUAUGUCUGACCAAGAACUUGCCCUGGAAUCGACUGGCUGUCUUGUCUCAUACUCUUCCUGUGGACAUGAGGAUGUCGCGGCGAGCAAAAAUAUCAUAGAUGGAUCACGAGGUACAUUUUGGGCAACUACAGGACUCUAUCCUCAUUCAUUCAUCAUCACAUUCCCAAAGACUAUCACCUUGAAUAGCAUAACCAUACGGAGUUACUGUGUACGGAGUAUGCUUAUUGAAAAAUGUUCGGGGGAUUUGAGCUCAGGUUUCGAAACUUUACAAAAUCUUGAUAUUUUAUUAACUGAUCUUCAUCAUCAAGUUACCAAAGUUGAUCUUGAUGCCACCACGGCCAAACAUUUGCGAUUCACAAUAAAAAAUGGAUUUCAAGAGUUUUGUGCCAUAUACAAGAACAUUUUCUGGUCCAAAAAACCUGCAGGUAGAAGUCUCAGGCAAGCGUUCAUGAUCAGUGGGGAGACUUCUUUCCCUCCAAAUCUAUUAUUUCAUACAGAUUCGGUGACCAACAUGAUUUUGAUAAUGACACCACACCGCGAUAUAUUUGCAACCAUGUAUAAAUUCUAUAAAAGCCUGCCACAUAUAGCGACGUUCGCUGCUGCCGCUGCCGCUGCUGCUCCCUCCAGGACACUGGGGGGAUGUCAGGUGAGGAAUAAUACCUGCAAAAAUUUCCGCGACUAUCCCAGGAGCCUUAUCGACAACAACACCGGUUUUCCACCGCGGCCCCCUCCCGGAACGGCGCCGUGACUUUAAGGCCCUUUUAAUCUAGAGAAUUCAUCCUGAAGUGUUUACAGUUACUUUGCGAGUUUCUUUCCACUCACGGUUGCGUGACGUGAUCGUACUCAAGUUCAAUUCCUGUGGCUCACGGGCAACAAACAAGCAAUCUCUGAGGGGUGGGCCGAUCUCAGCAAAUCAUUCAAAUAUUUCCUACCGAUAUUUGGCCGUAUUUUUCCGAGGUAGCAACGCGGCCACGGCGUGCUGCGGUGACCACCUGGUCAAGAACAAAAUUAAUGUGUAGGUUUCACAUGUGACUUGUCCUCGGAAUUAUCGCAUUUCGGUUUUCGGAGGCAAGAUUCGACACGGAAGUAUUGGUGACGGAACGAUUGGUGGCGAACACAGGGGCGGUCCCGGCACGUAGACAGUUGACUCAGCCAAUUCAUUUUCCUAUGCCGUAUAAUAUUGUUGUCGGUGCAUCACACACUAGGGCCCGAACAAUGCGGCACGGUAACGAUCAACAUGAUCAGGAACCUGAAACGGAUAAUUGUCGGCGGUCCUGCCUUCCAGCUGCAGCAGCUGCCGUGUUGGCUGGCUGGGUGGCGUAUCCCAGCUGCACCUGCUCAACUAGCUCGUACGAAGGCGGGUCUUGUCAUCCUGUUCACCCACCCACUCAAUGAUUGCAGCUGUGACUACAUGGGACCACACCCAUACUUGACCGCUGCUCUUAGGCCACUUUUUGGAUUCUCCCUAUAUUAAUCUUACCCAUGCAUUCAGGGCAAGGACGUAGUACUUGGCUUGAACCCCCCCCCCCCCUUAAAUCGGUCACGUAUCAUGGGUACGACCACCAAUCCACAACACCUAGGACCUAGGCGAUGUCCGCUGGCGAGCUUGUAACCGAUUUAGGCGAUCACCCAGCUGUAGGUUGAGCUGCUUCAGCUGGGCCUUCCCCGCCUACACAAUCCCCAGCCGCUGUAGCUGUAGGUUGAGUGGCUUCAGCUAGGCCUUCCCCCGCCUACACAAUCCCCAGCCGCAGCAAGAUUGCGGCGUAAAGCUGGGUCCUUUACCACCCACGCGGGCAGAAGUAGUAGUUGCGGCAGGUCGGGGCGGGGGGCCGGAGCGAUCGGCGUGCCCUGCCCGACGACAGGUCGACAUAUAAAUAGGUGUGCGGGUGGGAGCGGUGGUCUUCCCGCCCACACAACCCCAGCAGCAGCAGCAGCAGCAGCAGCAGCAGCAGCAGCAGCAGCAGCAACUACUACUGCCGCAGCUCGGAG